UUAAGGUUAAAAUAUUAUACUGUCAAUGUGAAAGUGGAUCUUUGUCGAGUAAGAGUUUCAGGGAACCUGGUAUUGAGGAAGAAGAGUGUUCCCACAACAUACUAAUCAGCUCAGAUAUGGUUAUCCCACCUCCAGUGAGGCCUCCCAGGAUCAUAAAUUUUCUCAAACCUUAUGUUUUGAGGAUGCAUUUUACCAACAAGUAUGUGAGUGCUCAGGUGAUCCACACCCCAACUGCUACUGUUGCCUCUUCUGCAAGCUCACAGGAGAAAGCCUUGAGAUCAAGCUUGGAAACUAGACGCGAUGUGGCUGCAGCUGCAAAGAUUGGGAAGAUACUAGCGGAGCGACUUUUGCUGAAGGAGAUUCCUGCCGUUUCUGUUCACUUGAAGAGAGAACAGAAGUAUCAUGGCAAGGUUAAAGCAGUUGUUGAUUCUCUGAGGGAAGCUGGUGUUAAGCUGCUUUGAGUUAUGAUCGUGCAUUUUGAGCUGUACCUAAAAGAGAUAAUCUUUGGAAACUUGUCUUCUGGGAACCAAAAUGAAUGUUUUUGUAUCAUUAUCAGUAGGAAAUAAGACCAAGGUUCUAAUUUUUCUUUAUCUGUUCUUAAGUUUUCAUCAAAGUAAGAAGUUACUCAAUGAACAUAUUUCCUUGAGAUCAAUUUAUCAACAUUAACCAGAAAUAAGAUGAUUGUUGAUGAA